AUGUUCUCUGAUAAAUGUGCGAGUGUUGGUACACUAUCGAAGUUCAGAAUAUUCGUGAUUGGGUCUUUAGAUGAGGUAGGCGCCCCUUCGCACAGUGUCUGUAUGUUCACAGGCAAGGACACCAAAGGACUGCGACUAUGGUCUCCCAACCACUUGCAGAAAUAUGAACGGCAAUGCUAUAGACGUAACUGGUGUGCACCAGAAGUUCAACGAUGCUCUUACUUUGGCAUGUUCGAUGGCAAUGAAUCUACAUUUGCUCAUUUUGUAGGGUUGAGUGUACUCUAG